CAGGGCACAGAGACUCCCUUGCCAGGCCUUUUCCCUUAGUUGCUCCUCCCUUGUCACUUCUACUCCGCCCUCUACUGCCCUAAACUGCUUCCUGGGCCGGGACUUUGUUUUUUUCCUGCCCUAGUUGGGGGCGUGGGGAGGGUGUCGCAGCCCCAGUCGCCUUGGGAGACAUGGAGCCCAGGAGGGUGGCUCCUGGGGCGCACGACUGGGGGCCUCGGGUGGACGCGGGGUCCGGGACGGCCGCGGAGCUCGUGUACCACCUAGCGGGGGCCCUGGGCACUGAGCUGAAGGAGCUGGCGCGCCGCUUCGGGCCGGAGGCUGCGGCCGGGCUCGUGCCGCUCGUGGUGAGGGCGCUGGAGCUUCUGGAAAAGGCGGCCGUCGGGCCCGCCCCAGACUCGCUGCAGGUAUCGGCGCAGCAGGCCGAACUGGAGCUGCGGCGGCUGCGGGAGGAGAACGAGCGCCUCCGUAUAGAGUUGCGCUCUGGGCCACAGGAAGAGCGCGCUCUGCUGCGGCAGCUCAAGGAGGUGACCGACCGCCAGAGAGACGAACUCCGAGCUCACAACCGUGACUUGCUGCAGCGCAGCCAGGAGACCGAGGCGUUGCAGGAGCAGCUGCAGCGCCUCCUGCUGGUGAAUGCGGAGUUGCGGCACAAGCUGGCCGCCGUGGAAACCCAGCUGCGCGCCGCGCGGGACCGCGAGAGCGAGCGAGAGCUGCAGCGCGAAGCGGCCGUGGGGCCGCCUCCAGAGCGGGCGCGGGGCCAGGCCGGAGGUCCCGUGGGUGAGCAGGGUCAAGAGCCCGAGCGGGGGGCCCCCGACGCCGGAACCCAGGGGACCCCUGAGAACCCGACGGACGCCCCGCCGCAGCCAGGGCGCCCCCCCAAGGUGGGGCAGUGCAGCUUCAGUCGAGCGGAGGUUGAGCAGAUCCUUCAGGAGCGGAAUGAGCUCAAAGCCAACGUGUUUCUGCUGAAGGAGGAGUUGGCCUACUUCCAGCGGGAGCUGCUCACAGACCACCGGAUCCCAGGGCUUCUGCUUGAAGCCAUGAAGGUGGCUGUCAAGAAGCAACGGAAGAAGAUCAAGGCCAAGAUGUUAGGGACCCCAGAGGAAGCAGAGAGCAGUGACGAUGAGGAUGGCUCCUGGCUCCUGCUCUCCAGCGACAAGGGAGACCACCCACCACCUCCACCCCCUGAGUCCAGAAUACGGAGUUUCUUUGGCCUGUGGUAUCGGGGUGAAGCAGAAGCCCCUGAAGCUGACGCCAGCAGUGCAGCUCCCAGAGAGCUGCGAGCAGGAGAGGAGGCCACAGCACCACCCCAUUUGGACCCUGUAGGCAGCCUGACAGCCCCCAGCUCCUGACCGGCCCUGCUCUGCUCUUGAUGAGUAUCUUCCACUGGGGCAUCAGUUGCCCAAGAGACCUGACUUUGGAGUCUGUCUGUGGGUGAAUGUGUGCCCUCGCAUGAGGCCAGGGUGCCCUCCUUCCCCCCCAAGCUCGCUGCUGUCUUUUCUCUAUCUCUUUUUUUGGGGGGGUGGGGGUUGCACCCAUGACACAUGGAAGUUCCCGGGCCAGGGAUCAAAGCUGCGCCACCGCAGAGACUGGAGCCACUGCAGUGACUAUGCCCAAUCCUUAACCCUCUGAGUCACAAGGGAACUCCCCAAAGCUCUUUUCUAAUCCCGGCCUGAGCCAGGGCGUGCCGGGGAGUUCAGCCUACCUUCCUUCUUAUAUCUCUGGGCCCAGCCUCGGGGCCACAUGAAAGUGCUUCUUCUCCGAGAGUUUCCCCCUCCAUGAAAUGGAGAGCUGACUUCCUCCCUCCCGGGGGUUGGUACGGAUGGCCUAAGCUAAUUAUAAUAAAGCAACUGCCCUUGAUACCCAGAAACUGCUCCACGUCUGUCUGUCCGUGGCCUGCCCCUGCUCAGCUCUUCCCGGAAGUUCCCCUCGGUUGUCACCGAGUGGGGAAGCUUCUCCCGGCUCGGGCUUCCCUUGGGGAAUGUGACCAGGAACAUCCAUGGCGCACCCCCUUGCCUGUCACCAAUACUGAGACUUACAGCCCCGUCUUCCUGCCCCCUCCAGACUGAAAGCAGCCCCCGAAGCCCCGACUCAGCCCUCGCCGUUGGCCUUCCUUUCAGUGCUGGGCGUCUGGUCCUCUCUGUGCCUGCCCAGCCUCUCAGGGAGGUGCCUCAUGGCAGCCCGCCCCUCCGGCCUGGUUUCCUCAGGAAAAGCCUUGGGAGGAAGCAGGGAGGGGGUUGGGAGCUGUGGGGGCCAGACUGGGCUGAACCCUCCAGCUGCACCGGCUGCCAUGGGGCCGAGGCUGUUGUUCCCUCUGCUGCUGCUCUGGACCUGGGGGACCCGGGGGUCUGAGCUGGACCCCAAUGGGCUGCACGUCUGCGUGGCCAGCAGCCCCUCUGCUGAGCUCCAGUGCUGCCCAGGCUGGAGGCAGAAAGAUCAAGAAUGCACCAUCCCCAUCUGCGAGGGGCUGGAUGCCUGCGGGCAAGACGAGGUAUGUGUGAAACCAGGCCUCUGUCGAUGCAAACCUGGAUUCUUCGGGGCCCAGUGCAACUCCCGCUGCCCUGGCCAGUACUGGGGCCCCGACUGCCGGGAGACCUGCACCUGCCACCCGCACGGCCAGUGCGAGCCAGCCACGGGCGUGUGCCGCUGCCAACCCGACCGCUGGGGCAGCCGCUGCGAGUUCCCGUGCGCCUGCGGCCCGCACGGGCGUUGCGACCCCGAGACAGGCGCGUGUCACUGCGAACCCGGCUGGUGGUCGUCCACGUGCCGCCGCCCGUGCCAGUGCAACCCGGCGGCCGCGCGCUGCGAUCCGGCCACCGGUUCCUGCCUAUGCGAGCCCGGCUGGUGGGGCCGCCGCUGCAGCUUCCGCUGCCCCUGCCACGGCUCGCCGUGCGCACAGGAGUCGGGCCGCUGCGCCUGCCGGCCGGGCUGGUGGGGCCCUGAGUGCCGGCAACCGUGCGAGUGCGUGCGCGGCCGCUGCAGCGCCGCCUCCGGCCAGUGCAUCUGCCCGCCCGGCUUCCGCGGAGCGCGCUGCGAGCUGCCCUGCGCCCCUGGCCGCUACGGGCCGCAGUGCCGCGACAGCUGUGGCCACUGCAAGCAGAAUGAGCCGUGCUCUGCAGACACAGGCAGGUGUGAGUCCUGCGAGCCCGGCUGGAAUGGGACUCAGUGCCACCAGCCCUGCCCUCCUGGUACCUUUGGUGAGAGCUGCAGGCAGCAGUGCCCCCACUGUCGGCUUGGGGAGGCCUGUCAGCCAGACACCGGGCACUGUCAGAGCUGUGACCCUGGCCGGCUGGGGCUCAGGUGCGAAGACCCCUGCCCAACUGGCACCUUUGGGGAGGACUGUGGCUCUACCUGCCCCACCUGUGUCCAGGGGGCCUGUGAUGCUGUGACUGGGGAGUGUGUCUGCAACACCGGCUACUGGGGGCCCAGCUGCAACAUUUCGUGCCCAUCUGGCUUCCAUGGAAACAACUGCUCUCUUCCCUGUGAAUGUCCAGAGGGAACCUGCCACCCUGUCUCUGGGGCCUGCCAGCUGGGAUCUCGCGGCCAGGAUGCCGCCCUCAUCGCGGGCAUCCUUGUGCCUCUGCUGCUGCUCCUCCUGGCCGUCGCCUGCUGUGCCUGCUGCUGCUGGGCUGCCCGGUUGGACCCCAAGGACAGGCCAGCGGGAGACGGAACUGCUAUGUCCAGGAUGAAGCUGCAGGUCUGGGGGGCACUGACUUCCAGCCUGGGCUCUGCCCUGCCCUGCGCGUCCCUCAGCAGCCACAAGCUUCCCUGGGUGACAGGUAAGCGGGAGCUGGGGUUCGGGACCAGGCUUCCCCUCGGGCUCGGCGCGUGACCUGGAGCCCACCCCCCACCCCCCACCCCGCAGUCUCGCACCACGAUCCGGAGAUCCCGUUCAACCACAGCUUCAUAGAGCCGCCUUCUGCGGGCUGGGUCUCCGACGACUCCUUCUCUUCGGAUCCCGAGUCUGGUGAGGAGGAGGGUCCUGCCUACUGCGUGCCACCCCAAGAAGGGAUGGUCCCUGUGGCCCAAGCGGAGUCACCCGAGGCCGGCCUGGCCGGAGGUGCCUUCCCUCCCCCCGAGGAUGCCUCCACGCCCUUCGCCAUCCCGCGCACGUCCAGCCUAGCUCGGGCCAAGCGGCCCUCGGUCUCCUUUGCUGAAGGGACCAAGUUUGCACCGCAGAGUCGCCGAAGCUCCGGGGAGCUCUCCAGCCCGCUCCGAAAGCCUAAGAGGCUCUCCCGGGGGGGCCAACUAGGUCCCGAAAGCCAGGAGCCCGAAGAGGCCACAGGCCCAGAGCAAACGGAAACGGACGGGGCCCCGCCUGGUGCUCUUGGCUCCAGGGAUUCAGCCAUUGGCCGCCACCGGCUCCCGCUUGGUGGCCGGACGGUGGCUGAGCGUGUGGAAGCCAUCGAGGGCAGUGUCCAGCAAAGCGCAGGGUCUGUGACCACAAUCUACAUGCUGGCAGGGACACCCCGGGGAUCUGAGGGUCCUGUCCGGUCUGUCCUCCGCCGUUUUGGUAGCUUCCAGAAAGGCCAGGCAGAGCCCAGGGUCAAGAGCGCCAUUCCUAAGCCUCCACGCAGGGCCCUGAGUCGGAAUAAGGGCAGCACUGGGCUGGCCUCUGGCUCUGCCAGUCCGAGCUCGGGCUCAGCCCCAAAUGAGGAGGUGACCAGGGCCUCGGCAUCUGCAGGGACUGGGCCAGAGGAAGUGGCCGGGGGGCUGGGGGAUGGCAUCGAGAGCUCAGGGAGGGGCCAGGAGCUGGCCCCUGAGAGUGGCCGCCUAGACCAGGGUCCCCAGAAGCCGGCAGACGAGGGAAGCCGGGAGGAGCCCCAGUAUGAGAAUGUCGCACCCAUCUCUGGGCCACCGGAGCCCUGAGGACCCUGCAUUUCGGCAGUGGGAAGACUGUGGACGGGGCCGGGCGUCCGACCUGCCCCUGGAUCAGAUUGUGUUUUGUGCUGGAAAAAGAUCCCGGGACCAGGAAAGACAUGCCGGAGCCUCUGCCCUGCUCAGGGACAUGUCAGAGCUGCAGGCCAGCUGGCUCUGGGCCCUGGCAGUGCUCAGGGAGUGGUCUGGGAGGCCUGGGCAGAGACCCCACAGGAUGCUGUCAGGAAGGGGAAAGAGAUGGCUGCAGGGACUUUUUCUCUGUUGUCCUGGACUCUGUCCCCAAAGGCUAUUCUUUCCUUCAUGUGCAAAAUAAUUUUCUGAAGUGGGAAACAACCUCAAUGUUUGAUGGUAAAGAGGGGUUAAAGAACCCUUCUUUAUGAAAGAUUCCUAAACAGCUACAGUAAAUCAGGUUGUGGAAGGCUGUUUAACGUGGGAACGUAUUCAUGCUGUACUGUUAAGGGUAAAAAGGAAGUUUGCCUUCACGAAUUUCAUCCCUUUGUGCCUCAGAAUACAUAUUUAGAACUCUUCCAUUUUGUGUAUAUUUUGUGAUUGCUUUAUAUACUCUUUUUUUUUUUU